CCUGAUGAUAAUGAUCAGUAGGGGGAGCGUGCCCCACCUGUGCUGCUGCAAUGAAACUCUCUGGUGUGGAACACUGACACCCAACUGUCCGUGGACAGCUGCAGGAUGGCCGGGAGCUUCUUCAAAGGAUGCUUCCUCUCCUUGUUCGACUAUAAAACGGAAAAAUACAUUGUCGCCAAAAAUAAGAAAGUUGGAGUUUUGUACAGACUUAUUCAGUUAUCUUUCAUCGGUUACAUUAUAGGGUGGGUUUUUGUAAGCAAGAAGGGCUACCAGGAGACAGACGAGGCCAUCCAGAGCUCUAUUAUAACUAAACUGAAGGGAGUCUCAGUGACUAACACCACUGAGUCUGGUCUGCUAGUGUGGGGACCUGAGGACUAUGUCAUCCCACCACAGGGUGAAGCUGUUCUGUUUGUCGUAACUAAUUUCUUAGAGACGCCAAACCAGAAGCUGGGAUACUGUGCUGAGAACCCCAAAGUGCUGAAUGGUCACUGUCGAGAUGACAAGGACUGUGAAGAGGGGAAGAUGAUAGUGGCUGGUAACGGAAUUAUGAGUGGCCGAUGCUUAAGAAAAGAUGAAAACUCCACUGGGACCUGUGAAAUCUACGGCUGGUGUCCCAUUGAAAGAAUAUUCAAACCACAAGGGCCUCUGCUGACAAAUGCUGAAAACUUCACCAUUUACAUAAAGAAUUUCAUCCAAUUUCCCAAAUUCACAUUUUCAAAGUCCAACGUUCUGGAAACGGCUGAUGACUCCUUUUUGAAGAAAUGCCGAUUUGACCAGGAGCUUCACCCCUACUGCCCCAUCUUUCGCCUGGGUGACAUCACCAGACGAGCUGGAUACAACUUCCAGGACAUGGCCACAUUUGGUGGUUCCAUUGGCGUUGUGAUAGAGUGGGACUGUGAUCUUGACAAAGGCUACUCUAACUGCCAUCCACAGUACCACUUUACUCGUCUGGAUGUCAGCGUCUCCAACAAGACCAUCGCAACAGGAUUUAACUUCAGACAUACUCGGUAUUUCAAAAAUACUGCUGGUGAGAGCUAUCGAUCUCUAUUCAAAGUCUAUGGUGUCCAAUUUAACGUCAUGGUGCACGGAAAGGCCGGGAAGUUCAGCAUCAUCCCAACAGCCAUCAAUGUUGGCUCAGGGCUGGCUUUGAUGGGUGCUGGAGCUUUCAUCUGUGACUUGAUCCUUCUCUACCUAAUGAAGAAGGGCAACUCCUAUCGAGAGAGAAAGUUUGAAGGAUACAAGUAUGAAAAGCAACACAUGGAAGUAAUAAAUCAAAAUCUGAAGACAACAGUGUGGAAGACAGAAAGGGUGCCACAGAGCAGAAGAAGCUGGCGUUGCUGUGAAGCUCUUGUAAGACGAGGCAUCGUCUUAAAAAAAUAAUUUGGUUGAAUUUGUCAGUUUGAGGAUGCAACAUAUUUUACCUUUGUAACAACUCCAUUUUUAGAACGUUAAAACUGUAACUAUAUGGUUUAGCCAUGAAAUGAGUGCGAUUUUAGCAACAUUGCCUGAAAGUGAUGUUCUUGCAUCCAGGCCACUUUUACUGAAGCUUAAGUUGUAUAAUUUGUGAAAUUUUUUUUAUUUUUUAACCAAACAACUAUUCAUUUAUGGAAUUUAAGAUAUUUUAUGUGGAUAAAUACUGUUGAAAAGAUAUUCCAGACAUGAAUUCAAAUCUCAUCUUUAAAAUAAAUAGUUAAACAAAUUAGCAUAUAAGGAAAUACAGACUUUUGUAAUAGUCAUUAUGACAUACUGUGCAAGGGUCGUAAUUCUGAUUGCUGAUUGGAUAAAAGGAGAUUUCUUUAGGUCACAUGUGGGGCCUCACCAUAAAAAUGAAACAGGUAUGGUGACUCUGAUACACUAACUAUUACAAGGUUGAUAUAUGUUGUAUAAAUGUCACUUAAACAUCAUUGUUUAGACCAAAUGUCUCCACAGAGGCCUCACACGGUGGCUCAGUGUUUAUGCCACAUAUCACUCAAGUGGUUCGUCACCUUCUUCUGAAAGGAAGUCAUUUAUGCUUGUAGAAAUUCUCUUUAGACUAUCAGAGGUCACAGGAUAACAUGUGCUAUGUAUUUUUUAGCCAGCAGAUUGAUUCUAGGGACUGCAAUAUCUUUUUAAAUCCACUUAUCCUACUACAAUACACAGCAAAGCAUGAGCAUGUGGGAAAAAAAAUCCCACUCCCACAGUAGGUGAAUAUGCAAACUUCACUCAGAAAAGUUAGCAGAAAAGACUUAAAUCACUUUCCUUUUUUAGUAAGUACAUUGUUUGCUGCUUGAUUUGCAAUGAUUCUUAUGAAUGAAAUAUACCUCAGAAGUGAACCAAGCAUUAAGUGCUAGUUUUCCUCCAACAUAUAUGUUUCUUCAGAGUGGUACAUGAUGUGAUUUUGUUUAGUCAGUUUCCCAACCAAAAGCUUUAUGUAUAAAUUAAUAGAAGAAAGCGCUGCAUGUAACCCAAGUAAAUGUGCAAAUAAAGAUUUUAAUAAGACA